AUGAAGAAUCUAACAUUUUCUCAAAAGCGAUGUUUAACAGUUUUCGCAUUUUGCGUGCGAAUGUUCUUUGCGGGAACAGACCAGGCAGUGAUAUUUCCCUCUAUAUGGCGAUAUUUACAAAUGUUUCACGCUGACUAUUGGUAUCUUGGGCUGGUAUUGUCUGCUUAUUACACAGUUGGCAUUGCUUCCGCCAUCUUGGUUGGUCGUCUCGCAGACGGAAAUAUGAAUCUUCGGUUUUCUGGAUUUGUUUGGAAUCUAGCUGAGGUAAGCUUUAUCUUACUGCCUAUAGAGUAUGUUCAAAUCCAGCUCUAAUCCGAUCCAAUCGGAUUUCUAAAAUCUGGUUGAGGUAACCAUUACUUUAUUUCGAAGAAAUUUUCAAAUCCAAUACAAUCGGAUUUCUACCGUAACAAUACACAUGGAGAAAGCUUUUUGGUCUUCUAUUAAUAUUUCAGGGCUUUUUCUUCCAUAAAAAAUUAGAACAUGGGCAAUUUUGGGGGCUCGCUAAAGAAAGGAGCGAGAGAUCGGAGUAACCAGCGCUAUAUAUAGGAAGGCAACCGUAGCCCACCAUCAGUUUCUAAUGAAAGCAUAUAUAUAUAUAUAUAUAAUUUUUCGUUUUACCUCAAAAAACCACAACAGUCUGUUUCAUCCGUGUAGAAAUCAUCAGGUGAGGUAAAACGAAAAACUAUAUUACGCUCUAUCUAUAUGGUAUUGAGCACUGUUUGUGUUUCGUAAACCAAAAGCUAAAGCUAUAUAUAUAUAUAUAUAUAUAUAUAUCACCUGCGGCCAAAGAAUGUCAACUUAGCACACGUAAAUUAUUUUUCAGAUUAUUGGUAAUACAAUAUACUCGCUUCAUUUCAACAUGUACUUGCCUCUGCUCGGACGCAUGGUAGCAGGAUUUGGAGAAGGAUAUGCGUCAGCUAUUUGGGCAGAACUAGCCAGAAUCACAACUGAGGAAGAACGUACUCGAUACUUUGCACUGCUAAAAGUAAGCUUCUUUUUGGGAGUUGUCUUAGGACCAGCAUUAAACGUCUUCCUAAAAGAGUUUGAUUUCUACAUCGGUAACUGGCACAUUGAUUUCCGCACAUCCCCGGGAUUUUUCAUGGCUUUAAUGUGGACACUAGCUACUGGUAUCAUGUUUGUAUUUGUCUAUGAUCUCUCAGACGAGAUGAGAAAAGAAAGAGGGUAUGAACCAGUUUCAGACAGUCUAAGUGAAGAACGGUUUUCCAAAAAAGAGCAACUCCGAGAAGCGUAUAGCAUGGAAAGCUCAGAGGACAAACACGGUGAUAUGACGUCAUCUCCGUUCACAAAUAACGACGUUGUCUAA